AUGACUUGUUCACCUGUUGGUCACUAUAUUGUCGACUGUCAGGAAAUUGAACAGGGCUGGGAUAAUGUCAAGGACCUGACUCUUGAUAUUAAUGAAACUGAUCAAGAUGGAAUCUUCAGGGUUGUGUUUGAUUUUUCGAUUUUGGUGGGCGUCAUGCUUAUCUGUACAGACAAAGGGAAGUUGAACGCGCAUCUUUCUUACCUCGGCGAUGAAUAUGAGUCUGAUGAAGGAGGCACGGAGGAGUCAGAUUCAGACGAGAAGGAGCAUGCGGAAGAUGAUGAUGAGGGUGAAAUUGAUGAUAUGAGUGGGGACGCUGAUCGAGGGUCCGGGACGAGAGGCAGGAAAAGGAAAUCCCAAGCUUCGCCGCGGCACGAACCGAGGAAGAAAUCCAGGACGGAUGGUGCACAAGAACUUCAGUAUUUCAUCAAGUUUCGAUGCAGAGAGACUGGUGAAGGCGAACUCUACCCAGAGCCGGAGGACGGAACCCUUCGAUACGAGGGCAAGAGAAUGGCGGCGUUCUUGGGCAAAGUCGACAUGCCAUGUGUGGGCGGCCAAAUACCAUUUGCUGCACGAAAGAUUUCGAAUGUGGCAAAACCCAAUAGAAAAUCAUGGGCGGACUACUCCGACAGUGAGUAUGAAUAUGUAUAUGUAUGA